UUUAAUUCAGUUUUUUAGCAAAAUGAAGAAGUGGAUGGACAUGUCAAACCUGCCCCAGGAAUUCCGAGAGCGAGUUGAGAGGCUGGAGAGAAAUUUUGAAGUGUCAACUGUGAUUUUCAAAAAGUUUGAACCAAUAUUUUUUGAUAUAUUUCAAAACCCUUUUGAAGAAAGUUCCAAACCGCAUCGAAGCAGGAAGCAGAGGCGGGUGCCAUGCAGCGUCAAAGAUCUCUUCAACUUCUGCUGGACUCUCUUUGUGUACACUAAGGGUAAUUUCCGUAUGAUUGGAGAUGAUUUAGUAAAUUCCUAUCAUUUACUUCUGUGCUGCUUGGACCUGAUUUUUGCCAAUGCCCUUCUGUGUCCAAACAGAAGAGAUUUGCUAAAUCCAUCAUUUAAAGGCUUACCAGUGGAAUCCCACACUCCGGAGAUGAAGGGCUCUGAGGAUCCUCCCUGCAUCAUUGGCACGCUCUGCGAGCUGCACGACGGGCUCCUGGUGGAGGCCAAGGGCAUCAAGGAGCACUACUUCAAACCUUACAUUGCAAAGCUGUUUGAUAGGAAGAUCUUAAAAGGAGAUUGUUUAUUGGAUCUUUGCAACUUUACAGAAAAUAGCAAAGCACUGAAUAAAGAGUAUGAAGAGUAUGUUCUGACCGUGGGUGACUUUGAUGAGAGAGUUUUCCUGGGAGCUGAUGCUGAAGAAGAAAUUGGCACUCGAAAAUUCCCUGAAGAUGUGCCAGGAGAGAAAACGGCAGCGCGAGCUCACAUGGAGUGUCAUCUGCAGCAGCAUUUUGAAAAGAAAAGGUCAUUUGCACCUUCAACCCCACUGACUGGCAGGAGAUACCUGCGAGAGAAGGAAACUGCCUUCACUCCUGUGGCCUCAGCCACACAGAGCGUGAGCCGUCUGCAGAGCAUGGUGGCUGGGUUGAAAAAUGCACCAAGUGAACAACUUACAGCUAUUUUUGAGUCUUGUGCCCGCAGUCCCUUGGAAAGCAUCAUGAGCAGAGUGAAGGAAAUUGGUGAGACCUUCUGUUGCUGCUACACUCAGUCAACAGAUGAGCAGCCAGGAUCUCACAUAGAUUUUGCUGUAAACAGAUUAAAACUGGCAGAGAUCUUGUAUUAUAAAAUCUUGGAGACUAUAAUGGUGCAAGAAACACGGAGACUGCAUGGGAAGGAUCUGACUGCUCUCCUGGAGCAGGAUGUCUUUCACCGCUCCCUCCUGGCGUGCUGCUUGGAGAUCGUGCUCUUCGCCUACAGCUCCCCUCGCACCUUCCCCUGGAUCAUUGAGGUGCUGGACAUCAGGCCAUUCUACUUCUAUAAGGUUAUUGAAGUGCUGAUUCGGUCUGAGGAAGGGCUGUCCAGAGACAUGGUGAAGCACCUCAAUAGCAUUGAGGAACAGAUUCUGGAGAGUCUGGCCUGGACUCGGAACUCAGCACUCUGGAAUGCACUCGAGGCCUCGGAAAACAAAGUCCCAACCUGUGAAGAAGUGAUAUUUCCCAGUAAUUUUGAGGCCAGCAAUGGAGGAAGUGGGUUUGGGCACUUGCCCAUGAUGCCAUUAUCUCCCAUAAUUCAUCCUCGAGUGAAAGAGGUUCGGACAGAUCUUGGUGGGAGUUUAAGACGAGACGUGCAGCCAUUGUCUCCAAUCUCCGUUCACGAGCGCUACAGUUCUCCUACAGCUGGGAGUGCUAAGAGAAGGCUCUUUGGAGAUGACAGCCCCAAAGAAACGCAGAUGGAAAAAAUCUUAAUGAAAGGAACUAAGCUGACAAUUGCUCCAGCAUCAAGCAUUGGUGCUGAAAACAUGUCAGCAUCUCCUGCCCAGACAGUGCUGACCAUGACAACCACUACAGGACCAGGAAAAGCAGGACAGAAGGUCACUAUCCCACUGCAUGGCCAGCCAUGUAAAGUGGAUGCUCAGGCUCCCUGCCACCCUCCUGGGACCCAAGGAGCAGACGUGGCGCUGCCCGUGGCCGGCAAGCCGAAGAGAACGGGCUCCUUGGCACUGUUCUACAGGAAGGUGUACCAUCUGGCCAGCGUGCGCCUGCGGGACCUGUGCCUGAAGCUGGACGUGUCCAACGACCUGCGCAGGAAGAUAUGGACGUGUUUUGAAUUCACCUUGGUUCAUUGUGCUGAUCUUAUGAAGGACAGGCAUUUGGACCAGCUCCUCCUCUGUGCUUUUUAUAUCAUGGCAAAGGUAACCAAAGAGGAAAGAACUUUUCAGGACAUAAUGAAAAGUUACAGGAAUCAGCCCCAGGCAAACAGCCAUGUUUAUAGGAGUGUCUUGUUGAGAAAUACUUCUGAUGAUGUUCCAUUGGACAAAAAUGCAAACCCAGAUAUGGAGAUGACAGAAGACUCAUCUGUGAAAGCUGGCAGCUCCUUGGGACGGUCCACAGCAGAGAAUUUGAGUGAGUCAGAAACAGAGGAGAGAGGAGAUCUUAUUAAAUUUUACAACGCAGUCUACGUAGGAAGAGUAAAGUCAUUUGCACUCAAGUACGAUAUCACAAACCAGGAUCAUGUGGUGGAGGCGCCGCCGCUGUCGAAUCUCGCAGCAGCACUCGGUGUUCGUGUCCCCGCACAAGAACAAGAACGGCGCCUGCCUCACGCCCCGCUCUGCCCUGCUCUACAGGUUCAAUGGCAGCCCGUCCAAGAGUUUGAAGGACAUCAACAAUAUGAUAAAGCAAGGUGAACAUAGGAGUAAGAAGCGAGCAAUAACAAUUGACAGUGACACUGAAUCUCCCUCAAAGCGACUCUGCCAGGAAAAUGAUGAUGUUCUACUGAAACGCCUGCAGGAUGUUGUCAGUGAGAGAGCAAAUCACUAAAAAGCUUCUGCUGUCUGUGGAUCUCCAAGUUACAGAGCUGGAUACAACAUUGUGCUAUUUAUUUCUUGCUUUUGUAUAUAGACAACUGUCAAGUUCCUUCAACACUGAACUUUCACCUGACUGCCACAGGACACAAAAAGUAAAGAGUUAUGUAGGAAAUGCCAGUGAUCUUCAUGCCCAAAGAUCACACUGUGCUAUAACUUACUCUGAGCUGUUUUAGCAAAAGAGUGUUCUGUGAAACCCAUAUUGGAUGUUCUCAAGCCCCAUUUGGAGCAUCAUGAAUUCUGAGUGUAACUCAGCUUGGAAUACCAGUUUUAUUAUUAGAAUAAGAGUGAUAAAGAAAUUAGUGAAAUCAGUGAAGUUUCCUCAAGCUUUUGGCAUUUAGAGAAGAAACUUACAAAGUGCCUUAUUUGAAAAGAAUACAGAAUUUUAUGUAUUAUUUUACUGUGGAGUAACAUGAGGGAAAAAAAAUAAAUUAUUUAGCCUCAGAAAGAGCUGAGUAGUUUUGAACUGUCAGAACUUAUGUUAAAGUGUCGGUUGUGACAUGUAUCUGACAGCUUUUGCGGUAACAAAGGCAAUAAUCUAAAAAUACAAAUAGUGGUGACUGAGGUUGGACUCUGGUAAAGCUCACAGUUCUGUGAGCCUGAAUUCCCUUUCUCUUGAGCCAGUGGUGCUCCACGUUGGGAGGCACAGAGCAGCCUGCCCUAGAUGCUGUUCAUACAGAUGGCAGCUCACCCAUGAGAAAACACAGCUGAAAUCAGCAGCUGGGGUUUGGCCAUGUUAAAGCUGUUCAAAUGUACACGUUUUUAUAACAAUUUGAAUGUCUUAUUUUUUCCUGAAGACCUUUAGCCUCUUGUGUAGUAUCUACACUGAAUGUAAGCCCAUCACAUAAGGAGGUGUGUAUGUGUGAGGUUUUAUAGCUGUUGAAGGCUUGGGUUCACUGGAAAAGUAGAAAUUCCAGCAUCCAAUUCUUGUGACCAAGUUUUUAAUGCUGAAGACCUGGUAGGAUCUAUUUUACCAAAAUGGAGAAAAGUCAGGGUUUACUCAUUACUGUAAAUCAGUAGUUUGAUCUUAUUUUAUAAUUGUGUUUAAGGUUAGAGCCAUAGAGAAACUUCUCAGCACUGUAAUUUUCAGUUUCUGUGUAACUGAACUGAAAAAAAGAACAACUACACAGGACUUGUUUGAGGGGCUCUGUUUCCUUCAUUGGCUGGGUGGAUUAUCCCCACAGGCCAUGGGGAGAACACUGCCAUGAUUUUGAGCAGCCUCAGCAAUGAUGAAGGAGAAAUUAAUUUCUAAGUGUAGGUGUGCAGGGACACUACUCAGCAAGGAGUAGGAAGUUUACAAACUUGGUUUUGAGUCAUUAACUACUUGAACAUUUGAUAUUUUUUUAAACUUGUUUACUUUCAGAAAAAGGUGCUUGCCCCUGGAGAGCUGCAGUAUGAGGAAAUGGCUGUGCAGUGGAAUAGGUUUCAUGUAGAUAUUUAAUUUUAUUCAAGUUUUAAUGUUUGUCUUCAGAUUUUCAGAUAAAAAGUGGAGGAUUGCAGCCUUUCUGCAGUAGGAUAGGAAAUUUAUGGUUAGGCAGGACAGCAUCAGUCGUUCCAUGGUAUUGUAUGAUGAUAGUUUACAACCAUUGACAUGGUUUUAAUUCAAUAUCAUGUGCACAUCUCCUGGUGUUUCUGCUCCCCACACUGUCACUGCCUUCUCUCACAGUAGACAACUGAUGGAGCCAAAAUCCUUAAUAACUGUUAUGUAUAGUGCUUCUUCAGUAGGAAAAUGAAUGUACUACAACUGGAUGCAGUUCAGAAUUCUUCACCUUUUUAGGUGAUCUAAAAACUAUUUUGGGCUUGUUGAACAGCUAAAACAAUAGCUUACAUGAAAUUUUUGUAACGGUUUCAAAGUGCCUUCACAUGUAAAUCUGUAUUUUAUAAUAAACAACUAAAAAGCAUUUUAACCUG